ACAUUGGCACCAUUACUAACCCUACCUUCACUUAGCUUCUAUUUCUUCUUCUCCUUCUCUAUCUUUGUCUCUCUAACUUUGGGCAGCAAUGGCCAUGGCCACUAAGCUUUUCCUUCUUGUUGCCAUGGCUCUCCUUGCCAUUCUCAUGGUGGACUCCAAGGUGCUGCCCAAAGAAACUCAUCCAGAAGCACAGUACCAUUUGGACAGGGCUCAAUAUGGAUUUGGAAGUCUAAAACGUUAUCAAUGCCCCUCUCAGUGCUCAAGAAGGUGCUCACAAACUCAGUAUAAGAAACCCUGUUUGUUCUUUUGCAACAAGUGCUGUGCAAAAUGUCUGUGUGUGCCCCCGGGGUAUUAUGGGAACAAAGGUGUUUGCCCUUGCUACAACAACUGGAAGACCAAGCGUGGAGGUCCAAAGUGCCCCUGAACUUCUUCUUAUUCCCAUUUUACCCCUGACCUACUAUUUAUUACCACCAUUAUCUUAGAUAUAUUUAUAUAUAUAACUAUAUGUGCUUAUGGUUGGUUCUAAGUUGUUUACUAAUGAUGUAUGGGUUGAGAUGGCCUUAAAAUGGUCUCCAAAUAGCCCCUUUUUUAUUAUUUUUAUUUUUAUUAUCAUGAGUAUGGUCCUUGAAAUGCCGCUGAUUUAGGAGGGUGUUUUGGGAUAUAUGUUUGUUUUUUUCCCUUUAGAUAUGAUAUAAAUAUUUGUGUUUUUAAUCAUUCUCUUAUUGGGGAAUGAAAUCUUAAAUCA